UUUUUGUUUUUAAUUCAGUUCGACGUAAUAAAGGAGUUCGUUCGGAUAAAAUGAACAUUGCAAACGAAAUAAAGUGUUUAUUUUGUGUUUUUGGUGCUUGUAAUUCCCUAUACUAUAAUAGUCUCAAGUUGAAAUUGGCGUAGAAACAGUAAAAACGUUCUCAAGUUGGUCCAGUUAAAUUGUAUUCGGUUUCAUAAUAAUGGAGGAAACGAAAAAAGUAGAGCAUUCCAUACCAACGGAAAUCCUGGAUGACCUUCUUACCAGAUUUCUCAUAAACGUACCGGACUCUGCUAAGAAAGAUCAUGUGAGAAUUUGCUUCCAGAUCGAAUUGGCUCAUUGGUAUUAUUUGGAUUUUUAUGUCAGUAACGACAAUAAGUUGAAAACUUGUACGAUUAAUGAGUUUGCAGCUCACGUAUUUCAACACAGCCCCUUUCUGCAGAAGGAAGCAAAUAGGUUGCCUGAAAUCCUAGCUCAAUGGAAACAAUACAAGCAAACUGUUCCGACUUAUGGAGCCAUUUUAUUAUCUGAAGGACUCACUCAUGUCUUAUUAGUGAAAAGUUAUUGGACCAAAACGACUUGGGGUUUUCCAAAAGGGAAAGUAAACGAGGAAGAAGAUCCUGUACAUUGUGCCAUACGAGAAGUACUGGAAGAAACAGGCUUUGAUAUUACUUCUUAUGUAGACCCAGAUGAUUGGUUUGAAUCAGUAAUCAACGAUCAAUUGGUUAGACUUUAUAUUAUCAAGAAUAUACCUAUGUCUACCAAGUUCCAACCUAGAACACGUUGUGAAAUCAAAUCUUGUGGUUGGUUCUCUAUUGCGGAUUUACCCACCAACAGGAAGGAUCUCACUACAAAAAUUAAAUUGGGAGUAAAUCCAAAUGCUUUCUUCUUAAUCAUUCCCUUUAUGAAGAAGUUGAGGCAAUUGGCUAAUGGAGCUUCUUCCAGCAAAAGGAGUCGAAAGAAGUCUAACAGUCUGAGUGAUUGUGAAAAUACAGCGUCUAAACAUAAGAACAGACCAAGCACAAAAGUCGAGGAAGAAAAAGGUAAGAACAACAAAAAAUGUGAACGAAAAAGUGUUCCUAAAAGGGAACUGUUCCCUAACUUGGCUGAUAAGCUACCAGAAUUGAUUGGUGCUUCUUGUUGGGUCAAUUUCAAGUUUGACCAAACUGCAAUAAUAGAAUGUAUUCCGUAAGAGGAUGUACUCUGUAUUUUGGUUGAACAAAAACCAUCAAAAUUUGUACAGUUCAUAUUGGUUCUGACCAUUUUUAUGUGUUUAAUAGAAUAUAUGUAUUCUAGAUCCUUUUAUUUGUUAUAUAUGUAACCAAUUUGAUUUGAAAUUUUAGAAGGUCCUUAAAAAUGUGAAUUGAACCAAAAAUGGUUUUGAUUAUUUUCAAAUAAAUAUGAAAAUUUUCAUAUACAUCUGCUGAUAGUUAUGAUCUUUUGAAAAAUUUUUCCUGAAGUAUGUUUUGCUGCAAUAAUUCUUUUAUCUAAUGAACUUACUAGCUUUCAUUCAACUUUGCCAAAAAAAUCCAUAAAAAUUUGAAGAACGUUGAAAAUAUAGUUUGUUUUAAACUUACCCACCUUAACAUAUCUUAUGUUUGUUGUGGGACUAUUAAAAGUCUUUUGUCUUUGUAUUUUCUUGAAAUGAACUAAAGUUUUGAUUUACAUCCAAGUUGGGAUUUUUUUUCACAUUUAGAAAAAUUUUUUUUUUUUUGUUAUAUUACUUAUAAUGAUAGAUGUGACUGAUAAUAGCUUUAAACCUGACAAUUUUCAAUAUCUCUCCAAGAACUCAUUUGUUAAAAAUUCUGGAUGAGAAUUGAAACAAGACAAACUUAGUGUUAACAUGUCUUAUGGGAACUGAAAAAUUUGUCUUAUUGGAAAUGGAAAACCAAAAUUGAAGAGAGGUAAUUAUUCAUAUCAUUCGUUUACUCAAUUCCAGUAAGAAAAUAAUAUAUAUAUACAUGUGUUUGAUUACUGAUAAUUUUCAAUUUUUUGAAAUAUCUCUAUAUGAUGAAUUUCAAAAACUUGAAAACAUAUUUUUGUUUCUGAUAAGAACUUAUUGUGUGUUGAAACCUUGUAUCCCAGUGUUUAUAUUAAGCAAAUAUAUUUUUAGAAGAUUAUUUUUAUAUAAUUAAUUUUUUAAUAUUUUAUCUGGAUACUAGUCAAUGCAAAUCUUGUCUUUUUGUGAAUUUGUUGAAUUAAAAUGACUACCCAAAUUUGUAAUAUCGACAUUUGAUGUUCAGUAUUAUUAUAUCAGUCAAUUGUAAGUCAUCAAAAAAUUAUUAGAAACUAUCAAUUUGUUAUGGAUGUAAAUAAAAAUUCUAUCAAUUUAA